GUCUCUACGUCCCCGUGGUCCUUCCAAAGUCUUUUCUUCUUUCCAUAAGCGUGGGUCUUUUUUUCUUUCCGUUUUAUCUCUCCGUCCUCGCUCUCUCUCUCUCUCUUGCCUUGCCUUGCCCUCCGGUCCGUAGCUCUCCUCCAUGAAAGACCCUCCAUUCUUUUCAAGAAAAAUGCUAUUUGCACACUGCGUCGCGUACCCUUCGCGUACACGCCGUCCACGUGGCACGAUUAAUGAAACGGUGCGUUGCGCACCGCAUCGAGGAUGACACCGGGGCUUAUCGUUUUGCCUCCCCUCUUCCUUCACGUACAGAGUGAGGAUGAAAUUAGGGCUAGAUGGCUGCCUCCACACUUAUCUCCUUCACGUUCAGCGAAACCCAUUUGAAAACCAAUUCGUGUGAAUGCCAAUUCAAAACCAGAAAUAAAUCCAUUGAAACCAGGUCUACCCAUUCCAAGUCGUGCGAAACCCAUUUCAAAACCAGAAAUUUCAAUAGAUCUACCAGGUCGUGCGAAACCCAUUUGAAAACCAGAAAUUUCACCAUUGAAACCAGUCGUGCGAAACCCAUUUGAAAAAACCAAAAAUUUCACCAUUGAAACCAGUCGUGCGAAACCCAUUUGAAAAAACCAGAAAUUUAACCAUUGAAACGAGUCUUGCGAAACCCAUUUCAAAACAAGAAAUUUCAAUAGAUCUACCAGGUCGUGCGAAACCCAUUUCAAACCAGAAAUCUCACCAUUGAAACCAGCUUGUGCGAAACCCAUUUCAAAACCAGAUAUGUGGUGCACCUUCACGCUGCAGAAAACACCCAUUUGAAGGCAGGUCGUGCGAAACCGAUUGGUCAGCGAGCGAAGAAAUUUCCCUCACUUUCGCACUUCUCUCGUCGGCGAUUCCAGAAGCCUUGCGUCCAUUGUUGAGAGCUCUGGCAUCAUUGUUUAAAGUCUGAGAAUAUGUCAUCAUCGACGACAACGUCUUCUUCAUCUCUUGCCAAACAAAAGAGGGGUCAUCCGAAAUGCUUCUGUGAGAUUGAAGCCCAACUGAGAUACUCAAAUACUCAACAUAAUCCAGGACGACCCUUCUUAAGUUGUCCAAAGUACAACAAAGAGAGAUUACCAUAUUGUAAGUAUUUCAAAUGGGUAGAUGGCCAUGAAUACCCAUUGUCGGACCCAAGUGAAACUCACACUGAAAUUUCCAGCAAGGAGAAGGAGCUGAAGAAAAAACUGGUCGAUAUUGAGAAGAUCAUUAUUGAUUUGCGUAAAAGAGUAGACGACUUCGAGUUCAUACUAUCCAAUAGAAAUGAGGAGUUACUGAAAGAGUUGGUGGCUGUUGUACGUGAAGCAGAAAUAAGACGUUCACGCAUAUUAGUCCGUGGGUUUUGGGCUUUAGCAUUUGUUCUAGCAUAUUACUUGGUGGUUAUGUAGUAAUUUCAGAUUAGUGUUAGAAUUUAGUUGCUGCUGUAUAUAUAAUGAUACUUCAUAUAUUAGUGAAACUUGUGAACCAUGUUUGCCACUGCACCUGAAACAUGGUUCUCUUACAAGUGUGCCAUGCAUUUUUUGUCAUCCAUUUCUUGUAUUGCAUGGAAAUGAUUAUGUGGUGGAUGUUGUAGUUAUGUCAAAACUGUAAUUAUUUUGUAUUA